GAAUGGCAUUUCAGCUGGAGCGAAAGAAGAAGAAAAGUUGCCGGAAACCAAAAUAAACAUAAAAUUUUGAAUUUUUUUGAAGAGCACAAAAUGCCCACCUUAAUAGCGCUAGAUGCAUCGCUUUCUAUGCUGCGUCCCGUUCCAGGAAGGAAUGAGCACACCUACCAGUCGCUAGCCAUCAAGGGCAUCCAGCACUUGCUGGACAAUCUCUCGGCUGCAGGCAAGCUGGAGCACCUGGCCCUGCUCUCCUACACAACCACAGCGGAGCUGAAGGUGGACUUCACCAGGGACUACGAUCAGAUCCGGCAGGCGGUGAAGAAGGUGGAGGCCGUGGACAAGGCCUGUCUGAUGAGCAUGCUCAAGGCGUCUGUCUCCAUAAUGUCCACAUGGGGCUCCCAGAACAUUCUGCAACUAGUGGUGUUCACCGACUGCGGUCUCGGCUUUGGCAGCACCUCGGUCACCGGAUUCCUAGACGCCAUUGCGAGCAACGAUGCAGACUCAGACUUUGCCUGGCUGAAAACGCUGGCCAACUACAACGUGAACUUUAUCUGCCUGGGACUGCAUGGCGACCACUACUUCACCAGGGGUCUGGCUGUGUAUCAGCAGCUGCUGGACAAGGCCGGACUAAAGGGCCAGCUCUUCAUGACCAAGCCUGCGAAGAACGCAGAAGCGGUUGAGGGCAAUCCAACUCCCAACCCGAAUCCCAGCCACAAGAGCGAACUUGGACGCACCACCGUUUUUGAGCUGAUCGAGCGACUGUGCGAGACGAGCUACAAAUCCACGGAGGUGACCCUCAAAUGCGGCAGCUACUUCCGCAUGGAGGCGCCCGUAUUGCUCUGGCCACCCACUGCACCCUACGAGCAGCCAUCGCCGGUCUUUGGCCGGCAACCCACGCUCCGACACAUCGAUCAACGGAUCGAGGUGUGCGGAUUCCUCGCCCUCUCCGACAUCGGCUCUCCGGCCACAAUGAGCCGCCAUUGGGUGCUGCCGAAGGUGGAGCGGGAGAAGGGUGGGGGAAGCCGCCGGUCCGGAGGCCUGGCAACUGCCGCUAAGCCGCCGAAACUCAACCUGGACACCAGCAAUCCGAACUACGAGCUGGAUAAGCUGGAAACGGAUAUUCGGGACUUUUACGCCAAGGAUCCAAAGGAUACCGAGGAGAGUGGCGAUGAUGCGGAUGUAACCAUUGUCGUAAAACAUUCCUCAGGCCCGCAGACAGAGCAGCAAAGGGAAAACCUAUGCGUCCUCCUGCACGGCGCACUCAAAAUGGAGAACAUGGCAGCCCUAGUCCAGGUGUCGGAUAAGUGGUACGGGUUCAUCUAUGCAUUCACCGACAGUAAGAAGAAGUCGAAUCUGAUGCUCAACAUACUCCCGCCGGGCACUAAUGUGAUACCGUGGGUCGGUGACUUGGAGUUGCUGGGAUUCCCCGAAGACCUAGUCCCAGGUGAAUCGGCCAGCUUUCCGGUGCGUGCUGACCGGCGCUCCUAUUCCCAGAGCAGUGUCGUGUGGAUACGACAGGCUAGCCUGCAGUCGGACGUCCAGAAAGUCCUUCGGCAUGCCAAGAAAAUGCCGGACAAGACGCAGAAUUUCUACAAGGAGCUGAAUCGGAUUCGGCGGGCUGCCUUGGCCCUGGGCUUCGUCGAGCUGCUUGAAGCCUUGGCCAUGCUCCUGGAGAAGGAGUGCGCGCACCUCACCCUGAACGGAGCCAGCAACGAGUGCACCAUGCAGCUGCAGCACGCGGCCACGGAACUGCGAAAAACCUCGAAUAGGGAUAUCAAGUCUACGAUAGUGCCGCUGCAGAAGGUGGGCGGUGCUCCCGAUGCAGGCAGCACGGCCACGGCCCCUGCUCCUGGCUAUAUGUAUUAAUAAAAGUACACAUAUGGACAAAAUAA